AUGCUAUUCCACCUGAAUCCUAAUUCAUUUGGCCCUGAUACCAAAUUCUGGAUACAGAGCGAUCAAAUAGGCGCAGCGGAACAGAAAGACUUGCGUAAGCAGCUGCAAUCGGAGAAUGCCAAUAUAAAGGUCCUGUUCACAGCGUGUACAGACAACAAGAACGAUCGAGCCUUGCGCACAAUGCUCUCCAAAACAGUUAAGACCUUGCUAGAUCGCAAGAUCGUGGAACAGGAAGUGAGGGCCAAAGAGCUCAAGGAUGAGAGGCCAAAACCCCGAGAGAAGGAGAAACGACACGAGAAAAAG